AUGCCACCUAAAACAUCCACAGACUAACCAGCAAAGACUACUGAAGUAUAAGUGCUAUUUUACGUACCAAAUUUGAUUGGCUAUUCAAGAUUCUUAUUCCUAAUCUUCAGCACAUACUUCGCCUUCUCUGAGAAAUAUUGGGUCAUAUUCCCUAUAUUCUAUGCAAUUGCUUCAUUAUUGGAUAUCUUUGAUGGAAUGGCUGCUAGAGCACUCAACUAAUGUUCUAGAUACGGUGCAGCUUUGGAUAUGAUUUGUGAUAGAGCUUAAAAUGCAACAGUAUUUAUGUUACUUUCAGUUCUUUAUCCCUCAUUUGAUUUUUUCUUCUACAUGUGCUUCAUUUUAGAUUUCGGGUCACAUUGGUUCUAGUUUAUGACUACAGCAUUGUCAAAGGCUGAGUCUCAUAAAGGGAAAAACAAGGACGAAAUUUUCAUUAUUGACUUAUAUUACAACAACAAACUAUUCUUUAGCACCCUAGUCGUUGGCUCAGAAGUCUGCAUUGUUGUUCUUUAUGUAAUUGGAAUGACCCCCUUCCUACAGACUUUCCUUCCAGCUUAGAUUUUAGGAGUGAUUCUCACUGCCAUUCUAUCUACUAAGAUGCUUGUAAAUGUUUUCCAAUGGUGGGGAGGUAUGCAAAGAAUUAUCAAGUAUGACCUUGAACAUAAGACAAACGCCUAUUCAUAUUGA